CAAAUCAAAACCACAAUCGAUCUCAAGUAUCACUACAAACCGUAGCUUUUGUCCUUUGCUUCAAGUAUGAGUAAUUACCAGCCAUUGCCAUCCCUUCACAUUGCAAUGUAUCCAUGGUUUGCCAUGGGACACUUAACCCCCUACCUCCACCUCUCCAACAAGCUAGCUGAAAGAGGCCACAGAAUCUCCUUCGUACCAACCAAAACCCAGCAAAAAUUACAAGCUUUAAACCUCCACCCUCAUCUCAUAUCCUUCAUCCCCAUCACCGUCCCUCAUGUCGACGGCCUUCUGCCGGGCGCCGAAACCACAAACGAUGUCCCUUUCCCUUCCUACUCUCUCCUCAUGACCGCCAUGGACCUCACUCAACCAGCAAUCCUGCAAGCAAUCUGUGAACUAAACCCUGAUUUUGUUUUUUUCGACUUCACGCCAUGGUUGCCAAAAUUAUUACGUCAGCUAGGUACAGGCAUUAAAUCUAUAAACUACAUCAUUAUUACUCCUGCACUUGUGGGUUAUGUGAGAAGCCCAGAAAGAAAAGUACUAAUGGAGAAAUCGGUGUUGACGGAAGAUGAUCUUAUCAACGAUCUUAUCAACCCGCCGCCAUCUUUUCCACCAUCUUCAAUCAAGCUACCAGCACACGAAGCUCGAAUGCUUGCGCCAUUCCUGCUGAAGGAGUUCGGCAGUGGGACGAAAUUAAUCGACCGCCUAAUCAUCUCCUUGAACGACUGUGACGCGGUGGCUUUCAGGACUUGUAGGGAGAUGGAAGGGAAGUACUGCGAUUAUCUUGAAACCCAAUUGAGAAAGCCGGUGCUUCUCGCAGGGCCGGUGGUGCCAGAGACUCCGACUACAGAGUUGGACGAGAAGUGGGCAAAAUGGCUUGAAAGUUUCGAAGCGAAAAGUGUGAUAUACUGUGCAUUUGGAACUGAAUGCGUUCUGAAAAUUGAUCAGCUUCAAGAAUUGUUGUUGGGUUUUGAGCUCACGGGUUUACCCUUCUUCGCUGCACUGAAGCCGCCGAUGGGAGUUGAAGCGGUCGAGUCAGCGUUGCCGGAAGGGUUUGAAGGGAGGGUAAAAGGAAGAGGGGUUGUGAGUUGGGGUUGGGUGCAGCAGCCAUUGAUAUUGAAGCACCCUUCUGUGGGGUGCUUCGUGACGCAUUGCGGUCCAUCGUCGUUGAUGGAGGGGCUGGUGAGCGAGUGCCAGCUUGUUCUGCUGCCGAACGUGGCGGAUCAGCUAGCCAUUGCAAGAGUGAUGGGUCGUGAUCUGAGAGUUGGAGUGAAGGUUGAGAAAGGAGAGGAAGAUGGGGUUUUUACGAAGGAGGGUGUUUGCAAGGCUGUGAGAGAUGUGAUGGAUGAGGAGAGCGAGGUGGGGAAGGAAGUGAGGAGAAACCAUACAAAGUGGAGGGAGUUUCUUUCCAGUAAAGGCCUUGAGAACUCCUACGUUGACAGUUUUGUGGAGAAGCUGCAUGCGCUGCUUGGCUUAAAUAAGUAAAGUUUGAUAGAGUAUAAGUAUUGAAGGUUAAGAGUGUGCUCCCUUGUACUGAGAUUAUAAGCUUUUGAUUGGUUAGGUGGUUAGAUAAGUUUGUUCUAAGAGAAGUAUAAACACUACAUCCCAUGUAUUACUUAGUUGUUAAGAAAACAUAAUAAGAAUAUUCAGUUCCCUCAA